UAGAGAAGAGAGAGUUUGUUUUCUUUUUUCUCACGAGAGCAAAUCAGAACAAGAAAUCUUCUUCUUCACUCUUUUAUUAAGAAAAAAAAUAAAGGAGAAUAAAAUUAAAAAAGUGAGAGCGACCCAGUGAGGAAACAGAAAGCCACCGGAGAGAAGAGAGAUUAUCAUUCAUUCAUUCUCUCUUUUCUAGUAUUCGACGACUCUUAUUAUUAGGGUUUUUGAAGUGAUCGUUUCAUCGGAGAUCCAAUUUUCUUAAUUUCUUAGAGAUCCCAAUCAGCAUUAGAAUUAGUAGAUAUUAUUAAUCAGCAUCUCAUUAGGAUUUCUAUCAAUCAAUCACUAAUUAUUUUUCAUUCAUUCAUUAAUUUUUUUUCCUCUUUUAACCUAAUUUUUUUUGGGUUAUUUAUUUAUUGUUUGGAUUCUAUAUAAGAAAAAAAAUAUUCCUCUUUUUACAAAGAAUUGGUGUUUUCUGAUUAGAAACUCUUAAGCAUGGUAACCACCGCCACCACAACAUCCAAUAGUAUCCAUUCAUCAUCAACUUCUAAUGGUUUGAGUAAUAAUGCAAAUAUGAAUAGCAGCAUUAAUAAUCGUAAUGCUUCUGCCGCCGCUGGUGCUAGAGUGACGGGUUUAUCAGCAACAUCUUCAGUAUGGGCGAAUAUAGUUAAAGGUGAACCUAACGUGGUUGUGGCUGCUCCUCCGCCUACUUCUUCUCCCAAGAAAGCCUCCUCCUCCUCCUCUUCUGUCUCUCAGGUAAAUCAGAAAAUUGACUCUUCUGCUACUGCUAGUGUUGCUGAUGAUUCUAACACUACUGAUGUGAAAUCUGCAUCUACAUCCUCAUCAAAAUCCUCUUGUAAUCAUAAUGAUAACAAUAUCAAUUGUACCUCCGAUGGUGCGACAAUAAUGGGGGUUACGGAGAAGGAACCAUCUGGUAGCCCUUCCUCUCAUACUGCUUCUGAUUCUGUUGUUGCUGACACCAAUGCUGCCGCCCCUGCGGCAUCGACUCCUUCAACUACUACUGCUUCUGUAAAGAAGCCUGCGGCAGCAGCGUGGAAGAAGCCUUCUUUUAAUGGAACCACUACUGCUAAUGCUGAAGCUGGACUUGUUAUUGGUGAUGCGUUCUCUUGGCCUGCUCUCUCAGAAUUAGCUAGUAAUAAUGUUAGGGGCUCAGCAAAGUCUCCUUCGCCCUCUCCUACGCCCUCUUACUCUCCUUCUCCCUUGGAUUCUUCCUUGAAACCUCUGUCACUCUCACAGGUCUCUCAUGUUGCAACUUCUUCUUCACAAACGCAAAAACAAAGUACUAAUCAUGCAAACCAUAAUCCCACUGCCAAUCAUGCAUCUACUAAUCGUCAGAGAUCUACAAAGCGUGGUACUAAUACCACUAGUAAUAGUAGUGCUGGUGCAUUAGUGAAUGGUGGGUUACCAUCACAAUCGCAAUCUUCAUCAGCUGGGGCAUCAGUUGAGAAGCCCCAGAAGAAUUCUUCUGGAACACCAGCUUCUACAGUUCCCGAUCCUUCAGUGAAGGACUCUUCACACAAGAUGAAUAAUUUGGAAAGAGGAUCAAAGGGAAGAGGUGGAUUUGCACCCCAACCAGAUCAAAGUUCCCAGCAGCAUAAUUCCUCCUUCAGGAGGGGAAGUGGAGGACCCCAUCCUCGUGGAGAUGGGCAUGGUUCGUACCGUCAAAAUCAAAACCAUAUGGGAAGGCGAGAACAUGAUCACCGUGACUGGAAUUCUCAUCGCAGCUUUAAUGGUAGAGAUGCUCAACAGCAUCAGCAGAUGCAUCCGAGAAUGGUGAACCCAAGAAACAACUACAUUAGACCUCCUCCUGGUAAUGUUAAUGGUGCAUUUAUUCCUCCCCCUCAGCCUGUUCCUCUACGACCCUUCGGGAAUGCAUUGGGAUAUCCUGAUAUGCCGUCUCCAGUUUAUUUUGUUCCUGACCCUCUAAGGGGUGUACCCUUCCUUCCAGCUGCUCCACUCCCUAUGUUUUUUCCUGGCGCAGACCCUAAUUUAUACUCCACAAUAGCGAAACAAAUAGAAUACUACUUCAGCUCAGUAAAUCUAUGCAAAGAUAUUUACUUGCGGCAAAACAUGGAUGAACAAGGCUGGGUUCCUGUUUCUUUAAUAGCAGGCUUCCACCGAGUUGAGCAAUUAAUGAAAGGAAUUCCAAACAGUAUUCAGUUUAUAUUGGAUGCAGUGAGAGCAUCAACAGUCGUAGAGACUAAGGGUGAUAUGAUAAGGAAGCGCAAUGACUGGAUGAAUUGGAUCUUGCCUCCGACAGCAACAACUAAUUUCGCUCCUAUUCCUGUGCCUCAGUUGGCAGGUGUACCAAAAAGUGGCAACUCCGCAAACUCGGAUAUGAACAACCAUUUGCAUAGUUCCAAUGGGGAGGGGACAAGUGAAGGUACUCUUUGAGCAGUUUCUACUAUCCAAAAGCAUAACCCAGAGUGUGUUAUGCUAGGGUAGUUUUCUAUCCUGAUAAAUGUUUUGGUUGGAUAAGGCGAAAGAACUGAGAAUGGGUGAAGAACGCACUUACAUAAAGCAUUGCAUUGUUGUUCGUUGUUUAUCAAAAAAACGAAAAAAGAAAAUAAAGAAAGAAAGUAGGAAAAAGGACACCGAAAGGCAAUAUAGUCUUAUGGGGUAGUACUGUUUGGUCAUGGAGUUGGAUGCAUUUGUUUUUUGUGGCUCAGUUAUUGCUGAUGGUGUUUACUUAUGUCAUGGGCUGAGUAGCAAAUUUUGAAGUUACUCCCCUAUCAACCUGUUGGCUAUGUUUACUUUUGAGUCACAUUAACUGCACUAGAGGUAGAAGAGUUGCUAUGGAAGCGUUUUUGAAAGAUCGGUGGAAUGAUACAGUUUGGUCGGUUCUACUGGAUACUGCUGCUGCAACUGCACUCGCCACUACUCAUAUUUUUGUCCUUGGUUUGUUUUAUUUUACUUUUUCUCUUGUUUCAUAUAUAAUAUUUAGUCAUACAUUCAUACACAUAUACCUUUUCUUCAAGACUCAUUGAAGAUUUCAGUGCAUAAAGUUAUGCAGGUAGAACUUUUUGAUAUGUUUUAAGUUGACAACUAUCUAGUGAUCUAUCUGCAUUUCGUCGUAAUUGUUUUGAAAUUAUAGAAUCUCAUGCUUUACAAUUA